AUAUCCACAGAUGGCCCAAUCUGACUACAACCAAUCUCGAAUUGGACAGCGACAAACCUAAAACCCUAACACUAUCUCUCUCCCCUUCUCUCUCUCUCCUCUCCCCCUCUCUCGCUCCUCUCUCUGUGCAUACAAUUGCGGCCACUUCAGGUCACUGUUGCAUUGUGUGAGGCGGCUGGAGUUUUGAAUUCAACAUGGCGAAUUUUGCAAAACCGGAGAAUGCAUUGAAGCGAGCGGAAGAGUUGAUCAAUGUUGGGCAGAAGCAAGAUGCAUUACAGUCGCUUCAUGAUCUUAUCACUUCAAAGAGAUACAGAGCUUGGCAAAAACCACUUGAAAAGAUCAUGUUCAAAUAUGUAGAGCUUUGUGUUGAAUUGCGCAAGGGUAGAUUCGCCAAAGAUGGUCUCAUCCAAUACCGUAUUAUAUGCCAGCAAGUUAAUGUUAGUUCUCUGGAAGAAGUUAUUAAGCAUUUCAUGCAUCUAUCUACUGAGAAAGCCGAGCAGGCACGUACUCAGGCCGAAGCCCUUGAAGAAGCACUUGAUGUCGACGACCUUGAAGCUGAUAAAAGGCCAGAAGAUCUGAUGCUGAGCUAUGUCAGUGGUGAGAAAGGAAAAGAUAGGUCUGAUCGUGAAGUUGUUACUCCCUGGUUCAAGUUUCUGUGGGAAACGUACAGGACAGUACUGGAGAUCUUGCGAAAUAACUCAAAGUUGGAAGCUCUUUACGCGAUGACGGCACAUCGAGCAUUCCAGUUCUGCAAACAAUAUAAGAGAACGACAGAGUUUCGUAGGUUAUGUGAAAUCAUCAGGAACCAUCUUGCGAAUCUGAACAAAUAUAGAGAUCAAAGGGACCGACCUGACCUGUCUGCACCUGAGAGUUUGCAGCUGUAUUUGGACACGAGAUUUGAGCAGUUGAAGAUGGCCACCGAGCUUGAACUGUGGCAGGAAGCGUUUCGUUCCGUUGAAGAUAUUCAUGGCUUGAUGUGCAUGGUCAAGAAAACACCUAAAGCGUCCUUGAUGGUGGUUUAUUAUGCCAAAUUGACAGAGAUCUUUUGGAUUUCAGCUAGCCAUCUUAAUCAUGCUUAUGCAUGGUUCAAGCUUUUUACACUGCAAAAGAACUUUAACAAGAACCUUAGCCAGAAGGAUUUGCAACUGAUAGCAUCAUCUGUAGUUUUGGCUGCACUAUCAGUUCCACCCUAUGAUCAAACACGUGCUGCAUCGCAUUUGGAACUUGAAAAUGAGAAAGAACGCAAUUUGAGAAUGGCUAAUCUCAUCGGGUUUAAUCUUGAACCAAGAGUUGACAGAGGAGAUGUGCUGUCAAGAUCAGCUCUUCUCUCAGAAUUGGUCUCAAAGGGUGUGUUGAGCUGUGCAACCCAGGAAGUUAAAGAUCUUUACCAUCUCGUGGAGCAUGAAUUCCUACCCCUAGAUCUUGCUAUAAAGAUGCAACCAUUGUUGACCAAAAUCUCAAAACUUGGGGGUAAGCUGUCUUCAGCAUCUUCUGUUCCAGAAGUGCAACUGUCUCAAUAUGUUCCUGCCCUUGAAAAGCUUGGUACUCUGAGGUUGCUCCAGCAGGUCUCCCAAGUGUAUCAGAUAAUGAAGAUUGAAUGUCUAUCUCAGAUGAUCCCAUUUUACGACUUUUCUGCUGUUGAGAAGAUUUAUGUGGAUGCUGUUAAACAUAACUUCAUAGCUAUGAAAGUUGACCAUAUGAAGGGUGUUAUGUUGUUUGGUAACUCGGGUCUGGAAUCUGAUGGGCUUAGAGACCACCUGACUAAUCUUGCCAAGUCUCUAAAUAAGGCUAGGUCUAUGAUGUACCUUCCAGUUAAGGGAGUGUCAAAACUAGCUGAAAUUCUGCCUUCUUUAGCUGAUACUGUUGAUAAGGAACACAAAAGGCUUCUUGCUAGGAAAUCAAUCAUCGAGAAAAGGAAGGAAGACCAAGAACGUCAGCUUCUGGAAAUGGAACGUGAGGAAGAGUCUAAGAGGCUCAAACUACAGAAAAUAACUGAAGCAGCAGAACAGAAGAGGCUUGCUGAAGAAGCAGAACAAAGGAAGAAUCAAAGGAUCCUAAAGGAAAUAGAGGAGAAAGAAAUUGAUGAAGCACAGAAGCUCCUUCACGAAGUACGCAGUAAAAAGAAAGGAAAGAAACACAUUUUGGAUGGAGAAAAGGUGACCAAGGCAACUUUAAUGGAGUUGGCCCUGAGCGAACAGCUCAGGGAGAGGCAAGAAAUGGAGAAGAAGUUACUAAAACUUGGGAAAACAAUGGACUAUUUGGAAAGAGCAAAAAGAGAAGAGUCUGCUCCUCUAAUUGAAGCUGCAUAUCAACAACGUUUAGUUGAAGAGCAGUUGCUUCAUGAGCGCGAACAAACGCUGGAAGUUGAGCUGAGCCAACAGCGCCAUGAAGGAGAUCUGAAGGAGAAGAAUAGGCUGUCACGGAUGAUGGACAAUAAGACUAUCUUCCAGGAAAGGGUGUUGCAUCGUAGGCAUGAAGAAUACGAGAGGAGGAGGGCAGAGAGAGAGGAACAGAUUAGCCAACUGAUUUGGGCCAGGAAGCAAGAGAGGGAUGCCAAGAGAAAGAAGAUAUUCUUCGUGCGGUCUGAAGAGGAGAGACUGAGGAAGCUUCGUGAAGAAGAGGAAGCGCGCAAACGUGAAGAAGCUGAGAGGAAAAGAAAGGAGGAGGCGGAGCGCAAGGCCAAACUGGAUGACAUAGCUGAAAAACAGAGGCAAAGAGAGAGGGAACUGGAAGAAAAAGAAAGGCUAAGGAAAGAAGCACUUUUUGGGAAACCAGCUGAGGUUCCUAGGCCUGUUGAGCCACGUGCGGAGCCCGCUAUUGCUCCUCCUGCUGCUGCUGCUGCUGCUGCACCUGCUCCUGGGAAAUAUGUACCCAGACACCUUCGACAAAGGGGAGCUGAGGCACCCGGGCAGGCUCCUCCAGAGCCUGACCGAAGGGGAAGCAGGCCAGAUGACCGCCUACCACCUUCAAGUGGUAGUUGGCGCAGCGGCAGCGAUGAGCGCAGACCCACCCUUGGUAGCAGUGGCGCAAAGUGGUCUUCAUCCAGGGGUCCAACCCGCUGAUUAUGCGGAGUUUUGGUCUCUCAUUUCUUGAUCCCGGGGCAUUUUGAUUUUGUUUAAGCUGGGAGUGCUCCGGGUUUGGACUAAGAAGUGGUCAUUUAAAUUGAAGUACUAGAUAAACUAGAGUGGAUAUAACCUUUGCGUUAAGUUAAAUUCUCUUUUUGCCUGUUUCGUUGCCAACUUACGAGCCUCUUCUCCGUCGAAUUUGAAUGCUCUCUUCUCGGUCGAAUGCUCGUUGUUAUCUUGAAAAUUCAGACUUGGAAGUUGAUUUUGUUCUCA